AUGAGUCUGCCUUAUGCAAGCGUUCUCAUCAACGAUUCGCGCCCUUUCAUUCAUCCCAGUAUCUCAAGACUCCGGUCAAGUCUACCGGCCACGCCACGGCAGCGUGUUGUCUCCUCAUCCAGUCUUGGUACUGCAAAUAUUCUUGGGCGAGAUCUUUUAAGCCCAUCUCCUUCACAUUUUUCAUCCAUUUCUCGAACUUCAUCAACAUCCAACUUGCGAAUAGCAGACACUGUAUCAGAUGUCGGGAAAGAGCAGGAGGCCUUCAAGUGGACAACAUUACGCAUUAUUGGAGAACAUGUCUAUCACAAGGCUCCAGACAAGGCUAAUGCUAUCCUCGGUUCUCCCGUCUUAGGCUCGCCGACAGUAUUAGCAGCAAACGGCUUGAUCUGCAUUGGCACGGAUUCUGGACGUGUGUUUGUGUUUGACUUUAAACAAGAGCUGAAGUGUAUAUGCGGUGACGAUAACUCGGCUAGAUCCUAUGGACCUGUCACGGCAUUGGCACUUUCGCAUGACCAUACCUUCGUGGCUGUUGGACAUGGUCAAGGCCACAUACAGCUUUUCGACAUUAAGCAGCCACUCGUUGCUGCACGAACUGUCGUUCCGACUAAACUGGCUGCGGUCCGGUCCGGUCGACAGGAAGGCCAUCUGCUUGGUUCUCGUAUCGUUUCGCUUGGUUUCAUAUCUGGACGGCAUACAGCGGUUGUCUCUGCAGAUGACCAGGGACUGUCAUUCUACCACAGCCUAGGAAGGGUUCUGUUUAUGGACGCGAACGAUUGCCUACGCCUAUUAGGAAAAUAUCCUGAAGAGGAGCCUAUUGCUUCUCAGCAGCCUAUAAAACGUGUAGACCCCCAGAAUGGAUCAGCGAUCCCUUCACCAAAUGGCUCGGCUACCCCUCGACUUGCUCAACAAGUCCAUCGUAAGGCAAAUGCCAUUUUAUCUAUGGGACCACUGCCUUUGGGUACGGUUGAGCAUCCUACCGAUUCGUAUCAACUUGUCGCAAUGUUGACUCCCAUCAAACUCGUAAUUGUGGGCUUGAAGCCAACUCCGAAAACUUGGCAUCGACGGCAUCGAGAAGGCGAAGAUGGGAAUAACGGAAGGUCAAGGUGGCGAGGUUGCCUUGCAUGGUUCCCAAGCAUUUCUACUUCGGAGAAUGUGGUAAAAGCAACUAAGAAGCGGGAUAAAAGACAAAGCGCCCUACAAAAUGCAUCAUUACCCUUGCUUGCGUAUUCUUGGGGUAGUACGUUGUACAUACUUCGGGUUUCGGAAUCCCGUAUCUUGCAGACUGUACGAAACGAAAAGACAGGCAAAAUCGAGAAAGUUGACACGGGCAAAGUCAACUUUGAAGAUCAUGGCCUCUUAAACCUUCGGUCUGAUAUUCUUGCUAUUCAAUGGUUGAACCUGAAUCAAAUCAUCCUGUUCACGGAUGCGACCCUUGAGGUAUUCGAUAUUCGCGCGUCCAAGGUUGUGGAGAAUGUCGCGUACGAAGCCUUGAACCUGGUUUCUCCAACUCUAAGUUAUACUGCAAAUGGCGCCAUGGCUUAUCAGGAUUCUGUACGGGACAUUCAUCAUAGCGUGCGAGUCUAUAAGGGCAAAAUAUUCCUUCUUGAGUAUAAAGAAGUGAAGGUUGGCACACUAUUAUCAUGGGCGGACCGUAUAUUAGCCUAUGUGCAAGAAGGCGAUUUCCUGAGUGCCAUAAACUUAGCAAGGGAUUAUUACCUUGGCCAGGCGAAGGGUAAUAAGAAUGGACUUCCCGAAGACGUCGAUGCAAUGCAUGCCAUGGUCGGCGAGAAGAUGAGCGAUUUAAUGGUUGCGUCCGCACGUUAUGCGUUCUCUGAGGAUCGAUUGACGGACUCAACGCAUGUUACCGCUGACAACCGAGGAGUCGAUCGAACUUCAUUAUUUGAAGACCUUGUGUCAACCUGUGCUCGAGCGUGCAUAGCACUGGACGAGUUUGACUUCCUGUUCGAAGACCUCUUCCAGUACUAUGAUGAUUCGGGUAUCUCGCAGAUCUAUUUGCACCAACUCGAGCCUUUCAUUCUCGAUGGGUCUAUUCAUUUCAUUCCACCCCGAAUUACCCAGCGUCUUGUGGCAAUGCAUGAUGAAUGUGGUGACUACGAGGCUGCAGAACGGCUCAUAUGGCAUAUAGAUCCCGAUUGUCUAGACAUCAAUCAGGUCCUUACACUGUGCCAGAAAUACCACCUUUAUGAUGCUCUCAUUUAUAUCUACAACUCUGCACUUCAGGAUUACAUCACUCCUAUUGUCGAGCUCCUUGGUAUGGUCCGGAAGGUGCAGCAAACCAGGCGGGACCGGAUGUUGGGAGUUUCCGAUUUCAACCACCCGGCCUCUUAUGAUGGUAUUAAUGAGGAGAAUCUCGUGCUAAACGCAUACAGAAUUUAUCCUUAUCUAUCGAACAUCCUAUCAGGAUUAAGGUAUCCAAGCGAGACGCCAUUAUCUCCGGAGGACGCAUUGAAGGCACAGAACGACGUUUACUCGUUCUUAUUCCACGGUCGAUCAUUCGUGUGGCCAGCUGGAGGUGGUGGCAAGCUAGUACUUACAGCAGACGAAGAAGGCGGUAUCGAACCAACCUAUCCAUAUGCUCGGCUUCUCCUUCGCUUUGAUGCGGAGGCAUUUCUUCACGUAGUGGAUAUCGCUUUCGAACAAAGUUACCUCAAUGAUGAGACAAAUGGGACGAGCAGACAGAUCAUAAUCAAGAUUCUUCUUGACAUCGUAGUGACAUCUGGCCCAUCCCUUUCUCCAGCCGACGUCACGUUUGUCAAUAUCUUUGUUGCGCGAAACGUACCCAAAUAUCCACAAUUCAUCCAUAUCGCCCCGAGUGCAUUGCAAAACUUGUUAAUUGGUCUGGCUUCCGACGCGGACCAGAGCACUCGAGAAGACCGUCAGCUAGCUGCUGAGUUUCUUCUCUCUGCAUACACGCCUCACGAUAGCGAGAAAAUCUUGCACUUGUUCGAAAACGCUGGGUUCUUUCGCAUCCUACGGACGUGGUAUCGGCAAGAAGGGCAAUGGGCUGCCUUACUGCGGACCUAUGUCCAUGACCCGGAGCUGUCAUCCGAGGAAGUCUUCCCAAACGUGGAACAAACGUUGUCGCACGCACUCCGCGCCGGUAGAAAUCAGCUUCCGGAAGAUGUUAUCUCUAGCCUGCAGUAUUCGAUCCCUUUGCUUCUUCAAAUGAGCAUCCCACAUACGGCGCUACUCAUUGACAAAUAUGCACCCGGAAUGCAUUCCAAAGUAAUCGACGAUUUCCAAGUUACAGAUGAUCACAAGCGAUACGCAUACCUACGAUGUCUUUUGGGACCGCCGCUGAAUGGGGACGAGUCUCUUGGUUUCACACGGGAGAAUGGUCCAUCCACGUCGGUCAGUGCUAGUCUCCAAAAGCUAUACCUGAGACUCCUCUGCCAGUUGGAACCAUCGAAUGUCAUCGUGGGCCUUGAAUAUCUGCCUACGAACUCACUAGAUACCGAUGAGAUCGUGCGUAUAUGCGAGGAAGAAAGGAUGUAUGAAGCAGUUGUCUGGCUAAUCAACGAGGAAAGCGCUGUAGAGUCAUUGUCCAGACUUGAGGAGUUCAGUCGAAACCAAACAGCCGACCUGGGCGAAGCACUCCUCCGUGAGGAGGGCUCUGCCACCGUAACGCCAGAAUUGGAAGAACAGCUGGCUAAAUUUGAAGCCUUGUGUCGGAUGGGUAUCGACAUAUGCCGAGAGCACUCGGAACAGACAGCAGAAGCUGACGUCCCAUUGGAGGACCUGUGGUUCAAGUUGCUCAGCAGUCAAAUCGACGCCGUGCAAGCAAUUUCAUCUAGCAUCUCAUAUGGCGACGGCGUGUCAUCAUGUACACCCGCAGAAGAACGAGUAAUAUCCUCACUCCGUGGGCUCGUGCAAUAUUCAUUCACCAGCCUCGUAGCUGUCAGUUCUACGAAAGCCGUCUCGUUCCCUCGGCUCUUCAAGAGACUAGUAGACUCCACAGCACACUCGCAUAGCCAGUCUGGUGCGAAGUACGCAGAGUUCCGAAACAUAAUCACAAGCAUGCUCGAGUCGUACCGUUCAGAGGGCGAUCUGCUGGCUAUGAGCAAGCGAAUCAUCGAUACCGAUUUCUUUGAUACAUACGAAGACUUGACCAAGGAACGCUCAAAGGGAUGGCCAGCGGCCUCGUCGAAAUGCUUGACGUGUAGGAAAGCAGUCCAUCCUGGCACGCCAGUUCGAUCCGACCCAUCCUCUCCCCCACAAAAGAAUUCAGUUAUCGUGUCCCGGACCGGAGUAUACCAUGCAACAUGUUAUCCAUCAAAUUCAAACCAUGCGUAA